CUGAGAAGUGAAGUUGUAAAACCCUAAAGAGGAGAAGGGAGGAGGAGACAUACAGAAAGAGCAUAAUUCAUUCAGAAAAUGGCGGUUCCAGGGAGGCGCAAUGGUCUGAUGGACGACGGCGACGACAACGAAGACGACAACGCUCUCUUCGGCGAAGACAACCUCGUCGACCUCGACUCCGACACUCCUCCUCACCUCCGUGCCCUAGCCUCCGCCUCUCAGCUCGGCGACGUCCACGCCCUCCGCCUUGCUCUCGAUAGCUUAGAAGGCAGCAUUGAUCAACCUGUGGAGGAUGGAGACACCGCUUUGCACCUUUGCUGCCUUUAUGGGCAUCGGGAGUGUGUUCAGUUACUUGUAGAAAGGGGAGCAAACUUGGAGGCUAGGGACGAAGAUGGGGCGAUUUCUCUGCAUGAUGCUUGUGCAGGAGGAUACACUGAGAUAGUUCGAUUUCUAAUUAACAGCACAAACGAUGCCGAGCGCGUUAAGAGGAUGCUUGAAACGAUUGAUGCAGAGGGUGAUACCCCUCUCCAUCACGCAGCAAGAGGCGAGCAUCCUGAUGUUAUAAGAUUGCUGCUGGCUUCUGGUGCCCCUCCCACAACGGUAAACCUUUAUGGAAAGAUCCCGAGUGAGCUACCUGAACCGGGCUCGGAAGCUAAGAGAAUUCUAGAGGCUGCUACUAGUGCGGUGCCCAUCCAGUAGCGUUUGCUUGCUGAAUGUGUACAUUUUGUUCCUGUUCUGGAGCGCUUCUUUGUGGCAUCUUUGCUAGGUCAAUGACACCAAUGGUUGAAACUAGAAAGUAAGGGAAUCCUUUUUUUUUUUUGUUGUUGCAAUUUUCAGAAUGAAAAGGAAGAAAGAAUAGUGUAAGCUAUUGGUAUCAAGGGUUUGUUCUUUUGGAGUUUAACUUGAGUAUAAUUCUUGAGUUGAAUUUGAGUUAUAAUUUG